AUGCCUGAGGUUAGGGAGGGUGAGGACGUAUUAGCCAGUGGAGCAAACACCCGGGGAGGAGGAGCAGAAGGGCAAGAAGUCACAGACAGAAAGAGACGACAGGCAGGAUCCACCUCUCACCUCUUCCCAAGCUGCCUGCCAGCGCAUCUCCUUGGCUGCCAGUGCAGUGGGAGCCAUCAUCUGCUGCUGGACCGGGUGUCUCAGAUUCUUCAAGAUCAUGGUCAUAAUGUCACCAUGCUUCACCAGAGAGGGAAUUCAUUCAUAUCAGAUUUUAAAGAGAAGGAGAUAUCAUACCAAGUUAUCCCUUGGCUUCCACCUGAAGACUGUAACAAAGGAUUGAAGAAUAAUUUUGAUUUUUUUAUUGAAGAAUCUUUGGGUGGCAGAUACACAUUUGGAAAAUUCUUAAAAUUUAUGGAACAAGUAGGGCUUCAGUGCAGCCAUUUUCUAAGGAGAAGUGAUAUCAUGGAUUCCUUAAAGAAUGAGAACUUUGACCUAGUGAUAGUUGAAAAUUUUGACUACUGUCCUUUCCUGGUUGCUGAAAAGCUUGGAAAACCAUUUGUGUCCAUUCUCUCUUCCUCGUUUGGUGCUAUGGAUUUUGGACUACCAAACCCUCUGUCUUAUGUGCCAGUAUCGUGUUCUUUGCUAACGGACCACAUGGACUUCUGGGGCCGAGUGAAGAAUUUUCUGAUGUUCUUUGAUUUCACCAUGAAGCAAAGGCAAAUCCAGUCUGCAUAUGACAAUACCAUCAAGGAACAUUUCCCGGAAGGCUCUAGGCCGGUUUUGUCUCAUCUUCUGAAGAAAGCAGAGCUGUGGUUUGUUAACUCUGACUUUGCCCUUGAAUUUGCUAGGCCCCUACUUCCCAACACUGUGUAUGUUGGAGGCUUAAUGGCUAGACCUGUAACACCAGUACCACAAGAAUUUGAGAAUUUCAUUGCUAAGUUUGGAGACUCUGGUUUUGUCCUUGUGGCCCUGGGCUCCAUGGUGAGCACCUUUCAAUCCCAGGAACUUCUCAGGGAGAUGAACAGUGCCUUUGCUCAUCUCUCUCAAGGAGUCAUAUGGAAGUAUAAGCCAUCUCACUGGCCCAAAGACGUCAAAUUGGCAGCAAAUGUGAAAAUCGUGGGCUGGCUUCCUCAGAAUGACCUCCUGGCUCACCCACGCAUCCGUCUUUUUGUCACCCAUGGUGGAAUGAAUAGCAUCAUGGAGGCCAUCCAACAUGGCGUGCCCCUGGUGGGGAUUCCCCUCUUUGGAGACCAGCCAGAAAACCUGGUCCGAGUAGAAGCCAAAAAGUUUGGUGUCUCUAUCCCAUUAAAGCAGAUAAAGGAAGAGACCUUGGUUGUGAAGAUGAAACAAGUCAUAGAAGACAAGAGGUACAAGUCAGCAGCGGUGGCCGCCAGCAUCAUCAGGCGCUCCCACCCCCUGACCCCUGCCCAGAGGCUGGUGGGCUGGAUCGACCACAUCCUCCAGACAGGGGGUGCGGCCUACCUCAAGCCCCAUGCCCUGCAGCAGCCGUGGCAUGAGCAGUACCUGCUGGAUGUCUUCUUGUUCCUGCUGGUGGUCACCCUGGGCACCCUGUGGCUCUGCAGGAAGCUGCUGGGCAUGGUGGCCAUGUGGCUGUGUGGGGCCAGGAAGCUGAAGAAGGCCUGA